AUGUUCGAACAAUCGCCAACCAUCAUCGACCAAGACAAUGCUAGUCAACGAUAUUCACUCAGAUCGACUCGACAAGAUGCAAAGACCCCUAGAAGAAUCGAAACAAUCGAGGAAUCUUCAAGCGAGAGCUCGGCCGACGAGGAAUAUCAAGACACUCCAACCCAACGCUAUUCGCUUAGUCAAACUCGGAAAGUUGCGAAAGCUCGUGGGAACAGCCGGAAAGUCAAGGAAUCUCUUUCGCGCGUGACCUCGGCCGAGGAUGAAGAUGAAUACGUUCCUGCCCGACCCUCUUAUCCACUCAAGUGGAUUGAGACCAACGAAAAGCCUCGGAGAGAGAGCGACAGAGUCCGGGUAGCUUCACAGGAGAACUCGGUUGAGAGUGAUGAUGAAGAAAUGCCGGCUGAAAGGUUCCCAUUCAGACGGAUCCCGCGGGCUGGGGAAGUUGGUGGCAAGAGCAAAGGACCUUCGUGGGUAAGCUCGACUGGGGAGAAAGAUCAGAACAAUGAGGUGAGGGAUUAUCGACACACAGCAGUGCCUGUGACCAUCGAUGGGAGGAUUCAUUACGCUACCUAUGAAGGCCUCAUCAGCAACGGGCCAGUACCCUACGUCGGCGGAUCUGGUACUUCCCCUCAACCCCAGGCCCGGGAAGUUAUUGGUGCCUCUUUGGCGCAGAUCGAGUCGUAUCCAGCGCAGCCUCACGCUUUCGAUGUCAUGAUGAGCAUGCCAUUGCUUGAUGAAAGUCACCUAGAAGAGGAAGAUACGCCACUGCAAGCCCACAGGAAGCGGGUGAGGGACUUCCUUGGGGAUGAGGAGGCAGAAGCCUAUGCGCCUGCUUCGAAGCGUUUGCGUACGGAGCAGCCGGUCUUGCCGAAUCCAGCAUCAGCCACGCAUGGAGCUACCAGCAACUUUCCAGCGCAAAUUGUUCCACCGCCAAUCAUUCCACCACAAGCCGAGCAACCUAGUAUGGCUUCUCCAGCUCCUCAAGCACAACCACCCCAAACACGAAAGCAGAAGCUUGAAGCCGAAUGGGCACUGGUUUUCAAACAAAUGUUCGUGGAUCUUGGCUUUCCAUCUGUAAAUUACAGCGAGGUGCCUCCCUGGAAUGAGGAGGAGGUCCAGAGCCUCGUCGACGCGUUACUUCCCACACGAGAGGUAUACUUCGCAUGGACCGGAGAGCCAGCCCCGAGAACAGAUCCGCAACAGAGCUACCGUGCACAGUUCGACACGAUAUUUGGGGCAUUCCAAGAUUGGUGGAGAGCGCAUCGUUCAAACGAACAAUUGCCAAUCCUGGCCGGCGUUAUGCAUUGGGGUCGGUCGGUGGAUGACUGGGAGCUUCCAAGCAAGGACUCGAUGUAUUAUGAGGCUUUCAAAAAGGGUCAUCGAGCACCGCGCGGAGAGAAUGGGCAAAUCCUCGACCUACCAGACUGGCCAGGAUCAAGGCUCGAGGACGCUUUGAGAGAGAGGUACUAA